AUGGCAGUGUCAGGAAGGAAGGUCUCUGAUGUUCAUUGGUCAAUAUCUAAAGGUUCAACAGAGGAUUUUGACCACAGAUGUGAACCAUGCUUAGCUAUUGAACAGGAUGUAGAAGCACAUGGAUUUUGUAUGGACUGUCAGGAAAACCUGUGCAAAAACUGCUUUGCUUGUCAUCAACGCACAAAGGCCUCAAAACAUCAUCAACUUCUUGACAAAAGGAACAUAGGCAAACAAACUAUUCAUAGUAAAGACUCAACAGUGUGCACUGAAAAGUGUCAAAUUCACAAAAAUGAGAUCAUCAAGUUUUUCUGCACAAACCAUGAAUUUCUUGGCUGUACUGAUUGUAUUACUCUGGAUCACAGGACAUGUAAAAUAGAUUACAUACCUGAUAAAUGUCCAGGUAUUGAGGACAGUGAUGAGUACUGGGAAACAAUGAGAGAACUGGAUCAGAAGAUGAAAGAUAUUGAUGUCGUGAUCAAGAAUGCAACACUACAAGACAAGGAGUUGGAUUCCUCUUAUGAUAAUGUUAUAAAAGAAAUUAUUAAGUUUCGCAAAGAGAUAAAUGAUCGCUUAGAUCAACUGCAAAAACAAAUUCAGACAGAUGCUGAGAAAAAGACAAUCAAGGACAAGCAAACAGUCACGAAUGUGCUUUAUACAUGUACUGCUAUUUCUUCUGAUAUCAAGAAAUUAAAGUCAAGCCUACAAGACAACAAAGACUCACAGCAGAAUGGACAACUUUACAUCGCGAUCAAACAAGCAAAAUCCAAAAUAAAGUUGGAUGAUCUGAAGAAUGCUCAAGAAUCUUUGGAUCAGACAAGCCUUCAACAUAUAUUUGAAAGAAACACAGAAUUAGAGAACCUCUUUACUAAACAAUAUGUAUGUGGGAAGCUGAGCCGAUCCUCUUCUCUUUUGACUAACAUGGGAGAUAUAAAUGUACAGACAACAUCAGAUAAUAACAAACUUUGGAUCACGGGAUGUGCUGUAUUGUCCUAUAAAAAAGUUAUGCUAGUAGAUAGCAAUAACUAUACCCUGAAAGUUGUGGACACACAAAGUAAAGUGGUAAUAGAAGAGAAGAACCUUGAAUCAAGACCAUGGGACAUUUGUAUACUGCCUCUGGACCUUAUUGCAGUGACAAUGCCAGAUCAGAAAAAGAUAUUGGUAAUGGCAACAAAUGGUGAUAUUUCAAUCAUUCGCAAAAUUCCAGUUAAAGGAAAAUGUAGAGGUGUGACUUAUCAUCAAGGCCACCUCUAUGUGGUUUGUUUAAGUCCUAAUUGCGUGUUUACUGUCGAUACACAAGGAAAUGUCAUAAACACAAUAUCCCUAAAGGACGAGAUAUUUGCCAGCCCAAACUACAUAUUGCUUAGCCAAGAUGCCAGGCACAUGUACCUCAGUAACUGGGGUAGCAACAGUGUAUCCUGUGUCACAUUACAGGGCGAUAUCUCGGCUGUAUAUAAGCAUAAGGAUCUUAGAGAACCAGUGGGAAUGGUGAUGUUAGAUGAUGGAUCAUUGUUGGUGUGCUACUACAGCUGCAAUGGCACCAUACAUCAUAUCUCAGGAGACUUGAAGCGAGGUCAGACAAUAUUAGAUGGAUUACAGUACCCACAGUCUAUAUGCUACAAUAGCAAGAAACAAAAGGUCUACAUUGGUGGACUUUGUGAUCAGCUAAAGAUAAAGAAGUUUGGAAUGAAAAACAAAUGA